AUGCCUGGUUCAGUCCAUUGUGCGCUCUUUCUGUGCGCCUUCUUCCAGACGUUCUCUCUGCUCGGUGGACAGGUGCCGAACUGCCAAGAGGUGCGCACGGUGUUUCACUCUCUGCAUCCUGGCUCCAAGUGGGUGCCCGAAAACCCAGUGUCAGGUGCUGAUCUGCAGGUUUGCCAAAGCAAAGGCCCGUCCUGCUGUUCCAAAAAGAUGGAGGAGCGCUAUCAGGUAGCUGCACGCAGCAACAUGGAGUCAGGUCUGCAGGUUGUCAGUGCUCAACUUAAACGUCUUAUCAUCCAGAACGCUGCAAUAUUCCAAGAGGCAUUUGACCUGGUGCUGCGGCACGGCCGUAACUCCACCCUUGCCAUGCUGAAGUCAGAGUUCCCGAGUCUUGGAGGUGGAGCCCAAAGCUCUGUUGGGCAGCUCUUUAUGGACAUGUCGCUGUACAUCCUGGGCUCAGAUUCUACAGUUGACCACAUGGUAACAAUGCUCUAUGGUCGCCUCUUCCCCCUGACAUACCGUCGCCUUCUGGGGGGCAGUGUGUCCUCUGUGUCUGAGGAGUGUGUAAAAGCAGCCUGGAAGGACUCAGGAGCAUUUGGCCCUUAUCCCAAACUGAUGUUAACCCGUCUGUCGCGCUCUCUCCUGGCAACAAGAGUCUUCCUGCAGGCACUCAACCUGGGCAUUGAGGUUGUCAACACCACUGACCACCUGCGUCCUGGCCGGGACUGCAGCCGGGCACUGCUAAGGCUGUGGUACUGCCCACACUGCCAAGGCAUGCUAGGGCCGCCAGCCUGUAGGGGAUUCUGUCAGACGGUGAUGCAGGGCUGCUUGGGGGGAGCAGCAGAAGUGCAGCCUCACUGGAGAAGCUACAUAGACGGAAUGGGGAAGCUGGCCGGUGGCAUGAGGGGGGAGCAAGAUAUGGAGGCUGUAAUUCUCAGAUUACCUUCCAUGAUUAAACUGGCACUGAAGCAUGCUGUGAAUGCACGCACCCGCCUCACCACCCUGGUUAGUGGGAUGUGUGGACACACUUCUCAGCGGGCCUCUCGCUCUGUUGCAUCCCCUCCUUCCCGGUCUCCUGCUGCCUUUGAUACUCGCAAUACACAGUCUUCAUCCCCAGACGCUGAUGAGACUUUAGCCAGCCUCCGCAGGGAGUUUAUAUCCAACCUGAGGGGCUUCAGCUCCUUCUACAGUGGUCUUGGGGAGGCACUGUGCAGCCGUGAGCCCGCUCCAGUAAACCACUCCCUCUGCUGGAAUGGGCAUGAAAUGACAGACAGGUUUUCUGGGCCUGGCCCGAAGCGGACUCAUCCUGGCUCCGAGUCACGAAGCAGCAAGCCUCCAGAGCCAAUCAUUAGCCAAAUUAUAGACAAACUCAAGCAUAUCAACCAGUUGCUGCGGCUAGUGACAGUAUCUGAGAAGCGCUGGAGAGCCCGGGAUCGUGGAGGUGGAGUGGAGGGGUGGAGUGAUGAAGGAGACGAAGGACUUGAGAGUGGUGACUGUGACGAUGAAGAUGAGUGUGCGGGAGUUUCGGGGCUGGGACCGCCACCAAGACGCAAACGGUUACGCAUCUUUGCAGUGAAUCAGAGUGAUCACAAUCCAAACAUGGGCAGUAGGCACAGGAGUGGAGGUGUUUACAUGACUACUGUACAUGUUGACACCACUGUGACACUAUGCAGUACGAGACAGGAGACUUCCACAGGUAGUUGCCUCUCGUCAACCUCUUGACCUCCCUGCUGUCAAUCCCUCUAAAAAGUCAGCUAUGCUUUCUGAAAGCCAAACAAAGAGAGGCUGAAGUACAAACCAGUAAAGAAAAGAACUAAAUAGCAAAAGAGGGAGAGAACAGCUACAGAGCAAGAACAAGGGGGUUCAAUACACCGACACAAAGCCAGCACAGCUGAACAAACAUGGCAGUGGGAGUAG